AUGAAGAUACAUCGGUGUCUCGUUUGCGCGGUCAUCGCGUUGAUGUCCGUGCUGCACUGCAGCGGCCAAAGCUCGGAGGAGCGCGUAUUAUCAAACGACCCCAAUUACCCGGAGCUCGAACACAGCAAGGUGCCGGUGGCGAACGUAAAUGGACUGCUGGACACCCUGGACCACGACAAUCGGCAGAUCGUGGUCGGUAAUGGUGGUAUCGUCAACGGUCAGCUCGCACCGGAAGACUACGAAAUGGCCGAAAAUCUAGCAGCACGCCUUGGUUAUCCGCAUAUGAACGGUGAGAUAAAGCGAAGCUGGAGCAAGAUGAAUGCUGCCUGGGGAAAGCGUGCCGGUGGUGGUAACCGAAAUUCGGGCUGGAGCAAGUUUGGCGCGGCUUGGGGAAAACGAGAACCGGGAUGGAAUAAUCUGAAAGGACUUUGGGGCAAGCGUGCUGACAAGUGGGACAAACUUGCAUCGGCUUGGGGUAAACGGCAGGAAAUUAGUCGAAGUUAUUAA